UACAAACGAGGGAGAAUUGUCACUCAUCCCUUCGGAGCGGGGAUGGUUCGUGAGUCUGGAUGUAAUGGGACGUGACAGAAACGAAUAGGAUGUCCAAAACGUCGUGUAUUUCGUGCCGACGCUAUCACCUCCUUUUCGGUGGUUUAGUUUCUGGCUAAGUAGAGAGAACUGUCUUCAGUAUUGUGAGUGUCUGCGCGCAUGAAGAAGUAACUAAUUACAGAUAUGGAAAAACGCGACCAGAAAGUGAAAGGGACGUCGAGAAAAUCCAAGGCAAAUAAGCAGAAGGACAAAAAGCAGGUAUCUGGGAAGGUAUUUCGAAAGAAAUCAUUUAAAGCAGUCGGAACGUUUGUGAAUAAGAUUUUUAAAAGUUUAGGCACCUGGGCUCACAGUGCAGAUAACGCUGACUCGUUAGACGCAGAAGACGAUGACGGUGGAUUUCGAGACGGAACACCUUGCAUCCUUAGUGCGAAUUCGGGGAAUUUGAAAGAGAACAACCGGAUGACCGGAGAACGUCUAAUAAAAAGUUUUACGCUUCAGUCUCGCUACUCUGCAAAAGAGCGGUUGCCAGUGUCGUAUGGUGAUAAGACUCCCGGCGUUUUGGGUUUGAAAAACCACGGCAACACGUGCUUUAUGAAUGCGGUUGUGCAGUGCCUGAGCAACACAGACUUGCUCGCCGAAUACCUCGGCUUGGAGCAGUACAAAUCGGAUAUUAGUCAAAGGAGAAUUAACGGGGUGGUAAAGACCGAAGAGACAUCGCAAGCCUUAGGAGAAGUGACGGAGCAGCUCGCGGCACUUGUGAGGGCGCUCUGGACUUUGGAAUAUACGCCUCAACUUUCAGUGGAAUUUAAGAUGAUCGUGUCUAAAUAUGCCACACAGUUCCGAGGGAAUUCCCAGCAUGAUGCUCUGGAAUUCUUGCUGUGGCUGUUGGACCGCAUCCAUGAAGACGUCAACUCCUCUUCCCCGUCCUCCUGUGGGAACGACAGGAGCAAAACCUGUGGGAAGGGUCUUGCUGGGGGAGAAGAAAUACCAGCAUCAGAGUCUCCAGAGCACCAGACCUGUGUAUGUCACAGCUUUGUUCAAGAGCACUUCCAAGCCCAGUACAAGUCUUCUUUGACAUGCCCACAUUGCCUUAAGCAGAGUCACACCUUUGAUCCUUUCUUGUGCAUCUCUCUUCCCAUCCCUUUGCGUCAAACCAGGCCGUUGUGCGUGACUCUGGUGUUCAGCAGUAAGGGCCAGAGGUAUCUCAGGGUGGGCCUGGCGGUUCCUCUGUUCGGCUCUCUGGCGUGCUUGCGCAGGAUGGUGGCAGAUGAGGGCAAUAUUUCCCCAGACCAGGUGAUAUUGACAGAAAUUUACAGUAUGGGUUUCCAGCGCUCUUUUUUUGAUGAGGACGACUUGACCAGCAUUGCAGAGAGUGACAUAAUAUAUGCCUUCCAAGCCCCACCCCUUUAUAUCAGGGGAGGGUCUGCUCGAAUGUCAGGGUACCACCACAGCCUCCCCUCCUCACCAUACUCAUCUGGGCCAGAAGCUCAGAGGCUGGCUGCGUCUGGAGCACUGUCCACCGAGUUCCUCAACCAGGGAGGAGGCACGCUAAAGAUCCUGCUGCUGGUGUGUAAUGCCGCAGGAGCAGGCCAGCAGGCAGUGAGGUUUGGUCCUCCGUUCCUGAUGCGAGAGGACCUGUCGGUGUCAUGGGACCAGCUGCAGCAGAGUAUCCUCAGCAAGCUCUACUACCUAAUGGUCAACGGAGCACAACCGCAGAAUUCCAGAGUGCUGUUCAGGAUCCGGGUGGUUGGGGGAUCAAUGUCCUGCAGCUAUCUGAGUUCUCAGGACAGACAACCUCUUCACCAUCCUGCAGUAGACAGAGCUCUGAAGCUUUGUGGCACAGGUGGGCCUCCCCAUGUGAAGCUGAUCGUUGAGUGGGAACACAGAAUAAAAGAUUGUCUGUUUGGUAACAUUCAGGAGGAGGUGGUGAAGGACUCGGAGAGUGUGCGUACCCAGCAGCAGCAACAUGUUCAGCAGCACAGCUGCACCCUCGACGAGUGCUUUCAGCUUUACACGAAAGAGGAGCAGCUGGCUCCUGACGACGCAUGGAAAUGUCCUCACUGCAAGCAGCUCCAGCAGGGUAUGCUCCAAAUGAGCCUGUGGACACUCCCUGACAUCCUCAUCCUCCAUCUCAAGCGCUUCCGACAGGUGGGUGAGCGGCGGAACAAGCUGUCCACGCUGGUCCGGUUCCCUCUCACAGGCCUAGAUAUGGCACCCCACAUGGUCAAGAGGAGCAACUGUGCCCGUCUACCUUCAGGCUGGAAACAGCAAACCCAUCAAAGCGCAGAAGCAAGCCAGCAUGCCCAGGACUUUCUCUAUGAUCUGUAUGCCGUGUGCAACCAUCAUGGAGGGAUGCAUGGAGGUCACUAUACAGCAUAUUGCAGGAACUCAGUGGAUGGCCAAUGGUAUGGCUAUGAUGACAGCAGUGUAGAGCCUGUGCCUGAAGGGGAAGUGUGUACCCGUGGGGCUUACAUCCUCUUCUACCAGAGACGCAACAGCAUCCCUGCAUGGUCAGCUGGAUGCUGUCUCCGAGGCUCUACGAGCCCCUCCAGAUCUAAUCACUGGCUCAUUCGUCUGACAUCUCUGACAGAAGAGCGCCAAACCUCUAGCCCAGCAACUAAGACCUCCAGUUAUUCCUCAGCACCAGAGCCCCAGACACCAACCUCCCCUGCACUCCCUGCACAGCUCACUAAAGCUAAUACUGAUGGAAGAGGUACACAGGCCCGUAGUGUAAGCAUGCGUUCUCCCACAAAAAGCAAGGAGAAUCUGAGCAAAGUGCUUCCUCUGCGCUGGUCUUUUGGUUCCAAAGACCAAAAAAAACCUACAUCUAUCCCCCAUACUUCACCAGCUCAGCCUGGAGAACUGGUAAAGUACCUGGAAUCUGGUCGGCGACCACGGUGCACUAAGGAGCCCAUUGUGAGCUUGGUAGCUAGCCCUGCUCAAGUCACCACGCAGCACCAUGAAGGAGAUUCACUCAGCUCCCCUAGUGGCAGCAGUAGCUUUAGUGGAGUGGAGCGAGGAAGCUGUCAUGGGCCAGACUCACCCAAAGUGCCUGAAGGCCAAAGCAGAGGCCCAGCUAAUACUUAUGCUAAAGGACAAGAUCAAGGCUCGCUAACCAGAAGGAGCUUGAAGAGGACAAGGCCUGAACAGCAUGGGAAGAAUCAGAAUGGAUUGUCCAAGCAUGGUGCCUGUACCGGCCACAAACCAGGAGGUAGUGCUUCUAACUCUUUACCUCCUUCCAGAGACUCCACAUUAAAGAGGCUCUGGAGGCAACCAGCUGGAGCUUCCAAGAUUCUGGAUAAUCAAACCCGGUCAGAGGGGGUGAGUGGAUGCAAGAGUGAUGAAACUCGGAGCUCAGGUGGUGUCCUCUCCUUUCUAAAGACAGGCUCUAUUAAGAAAGACAACCAGUCAAAAGAUGGUACUGCUGGGGAGAUGGGCCAAGGCAAAACUUCAACCAAUAAGAGCCUAUCAAAGCUCUCUUUAUCCAGUGGCAUGCUGAAUGGAGUGGUAGCAGAAGAGAAGAAAGCCAAUGGUGUCCAAAAGAGCAACAAUGGGCGAAACAACAGCAAGGCAAUGGUCAAUGGAAGAGGCAGCCUUAAUGGUUCGGCUCGUGUAGCUGAUAUAAAGCGAGCGCAUAGCUCUUCCAAUAUUCAGUGUAGGCUGGAUCUGAGUCUGAGGAGAACUGUGUCUCUCCAGCGCAGUGGCCCACUGGUGCCAACCCACAAAGAGCUCACAGCAGAUAAACCCUCCUAUGCUACAUUGCAGAGGUCUAGAUACAGCACCACCUCACUAGGCAGGCAGAAGCAUGUCCCUGAAUCCUGCUUCUGAUGUCCCUGAAUCCUGCUUCUGAUGUGCAGGUAUCUGAGGGAAGUAUGUAUGUCUGUAUAUUUGUUUUGAACUAACUUGAGUCAGCACAGAGGAACAUAUGCGAAGACAACACUACAUUUAUGGUGCCAUGACGUUUAUGUUUCAUCCAAAUCUGGGAACAUAUCCCACAUAGAAUAAAAGCAUGUGAAAAGCUACCAAACCCAAAUCCGAACUAAUUUUAUUAGUGGCCACAGAUAUGAUCCAAGUUCCAGGUCGUGUUUUUCACUAAAAAGCAAGCGAGUGUAAUUUAGAUUAUGCUCCUGCCUACCGAAACAUCCCGAAAAUGCAGUUUUAAUUAGACGCAAACUCUUUUACAGAUGUAUAUUGUGAGACACAUUCAUGAAAAUCUUGUUUCAUGUUUUAGAAUAUAUGAGUUAUGCUAAUCUGUGCACUUUUGUCCGGAUAUAUUAUUUGCUUCCUUGAAUUACGCUUCCAGUAUCCAGCACAUUUGCUCCAUCAAAAAUAAGCCUAACCACAUUCCUAUUGUGUGAAACAUUUUAAAUUUGCUAGCAGCAUGUUUUUUAAUUUGGAAAUGUCCAGCCUGUCAGAUGGUGUGAAACAUGGAGACCCCUAGAGAUAUUACCUACCCAAUUAAACAGAUGUCAUGCUCUGUUUACCCAGUCACAUGGUGGUAAUGCUGCAGGACGAAAUGUGAACUUGCUACAGAUAGAUGGAGCAGAUCUUACUUAAGCCAGAAACUGGAGUCAGCAUCUUUCAUCAAAACUGGGGAGAUCUCAGUUGUGACAUUUGUUUCUGUAAGUGCCUUUUUAUAGUGAUACUCGAAAGAGCAUUAGUUUCAAAACUAAUGCAUUAUUGUUUUCUACAUUCACACAUACACAGAUAUAUUCUAAAGGGCAUGUACAAUCACUGGCACAGUGGUGCAUCAUUAACUUAGGAUCCAUGCUCACUGGUCUUUAUUAUACAGACCACAUAUAGGACGCAAUAUGCGCUUACUAAAUAAUGCAUGCAUUGCACAGUGUACAUGACAUUAUAGUGUACUUACAUCACCUCUUUUGUUCAGGUACGAUCAAAACAUUUGUGCAGUACAUGGGAAAUGCUCUUGGUCACCAAAUCAACCUAUAUGCUUAUGCUGUACAAAAUCUAUGAGAAUUUAAACUUUCCUAAAGAUAUUGGGACACAGUACAUGGUUCUUCCACAUUGCUUUAAACUUGCUAGCAAUGAUCUGUGUGAUUUGAGGCAGUUUAAAACAGCUGUUUUGAAAUUAAUCAUUACAGUAACCAAAAUGUAAAAACUGAAUUAAAAAAAUUAAAAACUCUGUGUUUAUAUUUAGGGAAUAUAAUAUUGCUAGAGGAAAAAAUAAGGGUUUUUUGUUUUACAGCCCAUUUAUGAGCCCACAUUCUGGUCUUCUCAUUCUUAUGGCCAGUAAUGAGAUUAUUUUGUAUAUAUCCAGAGAUUCCUGAGAGACAGUGAGUCAAACAGCAUAGUGUACAUUAGCAUCAGUCAUAUCUGCCCUGAUAGGCCAUCUAUGUGUAGUUACAAACCCAAUAUUUGUUGUCAUGGUGAGUGGCCUUGACAAAAGUGCUGUAAAAUGUAUUUAACCAACCAGCUGAUCCAGCAAUCCAUCUUGGUGGAACAUCUAAAACAAAUCAUGCCUGUGAUGUUUAGUAAGCCUUCAGUUAUUGUUUUAAAGCCCAUUGAAUGAUUUAAAUGCUUCUUCAAAUAAUUUACAUGUUUAAAUUGAAAAUUCACAUUAUUCAUAGCUUGUCAGAGAAAGUCUUUGUGCUUGGACAUAAUUGCAGUAGAUAAGUGGGAGUCUAUUGCUUAUAGUGGGUUUUGUAACAAGUGAGUUAUCUAACCCUGUGAACUGUAAGUGUCUGAAACAAACUUCUUGCAGUGUCUAAAGACAUAAAAUCAGAAGUAAACACUACUAAUGUACAUUUUAAUGGCAUGAAAUUGCAUUGUUUACAAAUGUACAAUCUAGGUGUUAAUUUAACAAUCUGAUUUGUUGUGUACUGUCCUGUCCUGUAUUUGUGAUACAUCCACACAAGGGCUGCACAGUAUGUUACUUGUUUAUUUUUAUUUCAGUAUUGGUCUUUGUAAUACUACUACUACUACUACUACUACUACUACGACAAUA